UGCAUUUCUUAGUGAUAUUUGGCAGUAAAGUCUGAUAUGUUGUUAUAUAUGUCAUGAUAUAUUACAGAAUGAUUUGUACGCUUGAGGGAAUCUUUAAGCUGUUUGUGUGCAUUUAAUUAACACAAAUAAUCAUUUAACUUUUUCCCUCUGCUGUGACCGUCCUCUAAACUGCUCCUUGGAUAGUUUAGGCUUAAUACUAUAGACGUAUAUGAAAGGUCGUUAGCCUAGUCGACAGAGAUGGGAGUAAGUCACACGUGCAAGUCACAAGUAAGUCUCAAGUCAUGAAUGUCAAGUCUAGUCUUUUUUAAUAUUUGUCAAGCAAUUCUCAAGUUUCAAAUUUGCGACUUAAGUCUGACUCGAGUCAAGUCGAGUCCCCCAUCUGAGUCAUUUGACUCAAGUCUGAGUCAAGUCUCAAGUCAUGUAUGUCAAGUCAAAGUCAAAUCGAGUCUUUUUUUAAUCUUUGUCAAGCAAGUCUCAAGUCUCAAAUUUGCGACUUAAGUCUGACUCGAGUCAAGUUAUAUGACUCGAGUCCCCCAUCUCUGGUAAGGACGUAAGUAAAUGUCAUUAAUUGUAGGAGCAACAGGUGUGAAGGUUUUAUGUAUUCACAGCUGCUCUGGAGUCAGUAAAUGAUUUAAUUCCAUCUUAUUUAUUAUAUAGAAUAAAUAUACAAUAUAUCCAUUGAAUAUUUUUCCUCUACAUUGCUAAAAGAAAUAGCGUUGUCGUUAACCGAGCCACUGUUCAAAGGUCACGAGGGUCCAUUGAAAGGUUUAAUAACGUGUGUUAUGUCUUUCACAUUCACCAGAUCUCUUCAGCUCACUCGCCGGCUUAAUUUGGGAUAUUCUGGGGUGUCACAUAGCCCUUUUUAUGACGAGCUAAAGUAGAAUCAUUGCCAAGACACACUGAAGCUAUGGCAGCUGGUGGUGGCCCAAAACCUUACUUGAGACAAUUAAAGGUGACGUCUCCGUUGUGUGAGAAAUGCUUCAGAAAACUGCAUCGGGACGACAAACAAAACAAAAACAAAACUAAUGUGUAGCCAAUGAGCAGAAAGGGGCGUGUCUUGUCAAUAUGGGUGGAGAGAGUGUUCAGUGCGCAUAUGUAACAUUAGCAGAAAGCGGUUUUAACAUUGACAUGGAGGAUAAAAACAAAGAAAGAAAGCGAAGAAAAGCUUACAAUAAGGCAAGAAGUAGGACGUGUUAAUAUAGGAUCAGCUUUCCAGCGCUGGAGAGAACUCUUCCGCGUGAAACCUUAACCUUUCACGUUCACACUGCAGGUAAAAGUGGCCCAAAUCUGUUUUUUUGGGGUCAAGUGACCAGGUCAGACUUCUUCAGGAGUAGUGUGAACACUCAAAUCUAGCCCAGAUCUGAUUUUUUCAAAUCAGAUUCAGGCCACUUCCAUAUGUGGUCCUGAAUCAGACCCAAAUCUGAUUUUUUCCAAUGUGGCCGCAGUGUGAACAACCGAGGCGGAUUUGAUGCGACUUUUACAUCAAUCUACAUCGACGUUCGUCACAAUUAUGCGCCGGCGAGUGCGCACACAAACGUGACCACGCCUACAGAAUGGAUCAAAUAAUCAAAAGUUGCCCUCGACAUCGGAAAAUUUUCAAAACACUGCGUCUCUGUGCUGCCGUUACACAAACAUUUAGAAAGAAAAGCGAAAAUGUUUACUUCCUCCAUAACCUCACCAACUUUAGCGCAACGGCGUGCUGCGUGUGACGUCAUUGUUAUUGUUGGUUCGCGCAUGUGGGUCAGUUCGAAACAGCAAACAGUUCACACUGAUAUCUGAUAUAGGCCACAUUUUAAAAGGUAAUGUGAACAGACAAACAAAAAAAAUCAGAUCUGAGCAAAAUAUCUGAAUUGAGCAUUAAGACUUGCAGCGUGAACGCGGCUUUACUCAUUGAGUUCAUUUAUUGAUAAAAAUAUCCCCUCGGUCAGCUGCCCCAACAGGUUCCGCCAUAAUACUUGUCUGGUGUAUGUGUGGGGCGGAGCUAUCAAAACAGGGGUGGGACCCAUUUGGGUUAGGGGUGUGUUUGUUUUGGUGAUUUCAAAUGUCAACAUUGGCUUUUAAACAAUGGAGACCCCACCUUUAAUAUUGUUUUUUUUUAAAGUUCUUUUAAUCGUUAUCCAGCUAUAGGUUUAGCUAACAAGCAACUACAGGAGUUUUAUUCAAUUUUAAAAAGAUAUUCGUCUUCUUAACCUCUCACUGCCAUACAAACACGAUAGCUGGUACUUUAGAAGAAAUCUGUUUUAUGUUUUCUUAUAGGGUUUUCAAAAUGAAUAAUGGAACAAGCGCACAAAUGAAUCUGUUGGAUACAAGAUUUCAAACUGUUUGGUGUGAAACAGUAUGAACUCAGCAUGUCAUUUUGUUUUACAGUGAGCCAGGAUCAUAUAGAAGUGGUUGCUGGUUCGAUGCCAGUGGUGGUUCCAGUCAAAGAGACUAUGGUUGAAGUUGAUCUAGAAAAGCCAGCAGAAGCCCCUGUAGUGCUUGUUGUUGAAGAAGCACCAGUACUUGAAGAGGUACCAGUUACACCAGCAGUAGAGGAACCUGCUAAUGCUCCAGUAGUUGUGGAGGUACCAGUUUCUCCAGCAGUAGAGGAACCUGCUGAUGCUCCAAUAGUUGAGGAAGCAUCAGUUGUCGGAGCAGUAGAGGAAGCCCCUGUUGCCCCAAUUGUUGAGGAGGUACUAGUUGCAGAGGAAGCUCAUUCAGUUGCCCCAGCAGCAAUAGAACAGGUACCAGACCCUUUACUAACAGAGAUUGUAGUAAUGUCUUCCGAAUCUCCAGUCGUCCCAGAAGCUACUGAGGUGGUCACAGUGGUCACAGAAAGUUCAGAGGUGGUUGCAGAAAGUCCUGCUGAAGUUGCAGUGAGUCUGGUUGGGGCAGAAAUUGAGGAUGAGCUCUCCGUAGACGUUCAGGUGGUGGCAGAGGUGACAACAUCAGCUGAAACUACAGCACCCCCUACUGCUCUGGAGGAACCUGAGCAUGAAUAUGUGGUAGUCAUGUUGGAGGGAGCCCCCAAAACAGACAAGAAGGUUAAGGUUUUAGGAGUUUCCCCCACGAGUGUUAGGAUCAUCCCAGCUCCAGAGAAGGAGGAGCCAGCAGAACCAGUAACAGGUCAAACGUCACCCGCCUAAGAUGCUCUGGUGUGGUAUAAACAGAUGCCUGUUGUAGUUUACUUGUUACAUGAUGAAAAUUAAGAUGUGCCUUCCUCCAUUUUGACCCCCAUUUGCCACUCAGAUCUUAUGGAUCGGAUCUGAUGUUAUGGAGUUCAGAUGGAUUCACCUGCAUGGAUUUGGCCCUGACAGAACCACUUAAACCUCUUCACAUGAUACGACAUUGUAUUGUUUACUCGCACACACACACACACACACACACACACACACACACACACACACCAUUUUAUGUGCUGUUACGAAAACACAUUUACUAGACAUACACUUUGUUAGACAUUCACUACUUACAAGACACAAUCUUUACAACACAGCACAGGAUUUCAACCCUGAUCUCGGAGGACUCCCUGUGAUGCACAGGGUUGAAAACCUGCAGGAGACGGUAGAAAUACGUCUGGUUAUUUAUUCUCUUAUCUGUUAUUUCAUUAGUUAUUUCAUGUUGUAAGUUUAUAUCUUUACCAAUUCACUGUAUUAUUCACAUUGUUUAUUUUUCUACCUCAAAUCUCAUCGAGGCUAUCCGUUGCCAUGGUAACUUGAUUUCAAGCCAAGCCACGGGUAUGUGUAUAACUUUCACAUGUAUAUCUUUGGCAGAUAGUUUUAUAUCAAAUAUUUUCUUUAGUCCUGGCUCUGAUUUUUGAUGAAACUCAGCUUUUAUAGUAUUAAGGAAAUUUCUGAGCUUCGCUAGACUUGGACACUGAUCCUUACCAGGACUGGUGUAAUAACUUGCUUUCUACCUCACUUCAAAGGAAACCUCCACCCUAAAUCUUAUUAAAUAUAAUAAGUAUGUAUGUCGAGUGAAUAUGGCGGUAUCUCGGCUAGUUAUCGGUAAACAAAAUGACGAGCAUUAGCAUAAACUUUAAAGCUGAAUUUCUAUAUUACUCUCUGAAAUUCCCAUUGCUACCACUAUCAGUGGGUAAACAUUCGGUAUUGUAUUUAACACAGGAAAUGGUUCAAUCCUAUGAUGUGGAAAUGGACCAACACCUAGGUGAAAAAGUUGAUUUGGUACCUUAUUACAAAAUAAAAAUCUUGGUCGCUGUUGAAGAUCACAAUUAUUAGGGUUCAGGGUGGAGUUUUCCUUUGGUCCAAGUUUAUCUUAAAUAGAAAACCUCUAUAAAACCUCUAAAAAACAGCUAUCCUCUGUUCUUCAUGAACGUAAUCUGUGACACUCCGUUUUUGUAUUUUUUUAUAGAAUCAACUAAGCUUGUAUUUUCUGUAAAUGUGAAACUCUAUUUUGUGAAAAACAAUACACUUUUUUACACAGACGUCUGGCUAACUAUGUGGCUACCUGGCUACAUGUAUGCAUUACUCAAUUACCAAAGAGUUAUCCUGAAUAUGGAUAUGAGAUUUUAUAAAUAUUUCAGCAAUAAUAAAAAUCUGUC